GACUGAGGUUCGAACUGGGGGGUUUAAGGGAGCACACGACUCGUGAGCCCCCACGGCGCACUCCCAACUUUCAGAGAAGGGCACGUUCCGACCAUUCAUUGUCAAGAGGGGAUUCAGGACAGGAGAGAGAGACGGCAUUGCCAUCAGCAUUUGAAGACCAAAGGCAGAAGACGCUGUUGAGGCUUUCUCUGUCGUGUGGCUGUGCUAAAGUACGAGGCAGCGAUGGCGUCCAGUGCGUGCGUCACAGGAAGUGCUGCAGGUCUAAUGCAGCAGAGAGUUGGCAGCCUGGCAAAUUUCCGGAAGGAGUUCAAUGGCCAGAGGAUUGUGAGCCCAAGCAGCGCUCCUCUCAUCAAGCGUCAGCAACCUUUCUUGGCGAGGAGCGCUGCCAAGUCCACAGAAGCACAGUCGGUUGAGCAGUGGUCAAAGUCUGUCCGCCAGAUGGUCUGCGGCGCCUGCGCUGCCCUCACUCUUGCGGGGGCUGCCGUUCCGGCUUUAGCUGCGAGCUCAUCAGGAGCCAGGCUUCCUCCCCUUUCGACGGACCCCAACCGGUGCGAGAGAGCGUAUGUAGGCAACACCAUUGGACAGGCAAACGGUGUGUCUGACAAAGUGCUUGACUUGCGUAACUGCGUCUACACGGGUGAGAAGGAGCAGCUCAAGGGGAAGGUCCUGGCGUCAGCGCUCCUGCCGGGGGCCAACUUCGAUAAUGCGGAUUUGUCUGAGUCAAUCAUGACCAAGGCGUAUGCAGUAGGUGCUAGCUUCAAGGGAACCGAUUUUACUAGCGCAGUGGUAGACCGUGUUGCUUUCGAGAAGGCGGACCUCAGGGGCGCCAUCUUCAGAAACACUGUCCUCUCCGGGGCCACAUACGUGGGCGCCAACUUGGAGGGCGCCACAUUUGAGGAUGCUCUUCUAGGCUACAUCGACGUGCAAAACCUGUGCAAGAACCCCACCCUCGGAGAGGAUGCGCGCGUUGAGGUUGGGUGUAAAUAAUCGCCUAGCUGUUGAGGUUGCUGCCGAGGACCUUACUCCCCUGCUGCCCGUGGACUUUUGGCGACCUUGCAUGACGGGCUACUCAUAAAGUAACGAGUUGCUGCUUAGCUCCGCUGUACUCAUUAAUUGCGGCGUGGUUGGGUGCAAUAGGAGCACUAAUCUGGUCAGUGUGAUUCUCAGGCACAAAUCUUGAGCAACAGCUCAUGCAACUUCUUGACAUCCUAGAUGUUGAAAACGAAUUUUUGGCCGAUGAUCCUGGAGAGAACCUGGCAGCUGAUGCCCCUUCAUCCAAU